AUGGCGGAGCAAUUCGAGCGUUUUAAGCGAUUUGAGUAUCGCAUGAACUCAAACCUGGUUAUCCAGAGGGAAGGACCAGCGCCAAGAAUGGACGAAGCUACCGGAGAGCCGGAAUCACUAGCAGGCCGUUUGCUCCAUAAGAUGGGAGAUAAAGUGACCCAUGAGUCAGUAAAAUCGAAGUUUUCAACAAAAAGAAGAUCUCAGACGGUGUCAGACGAACCAGUAAGGAGGAGGAAAACAUAUUUGGAUUUAAACAAAGAGGAAAAUGUGUUAAACGUAAACAUAAAUGUGGGAUUGAACUAUGUGCCUAGAAGUAGUUACACGAGGAGUAAGUACCAAGAGCUGCUGACGAUGAUGCAAAAGGUACUGGGAGACCAGCCACAGUCAGUGUUGCUGAGCGCCUGCGACGAGACGCUGCUGGCGCUGAAAGCAGAAAACCUGCCUGAGGAUAGAAGAGCAAUGGUGGAAGAAGUGUUGGGGCCAGUGGCAGACGAGUUGUACUACAACCUGUUCCACCUGUCGAAGGAGCUGACAGACUUCACGAAGCCGUCGGAUCAGGAAGGGGGAGGAGACGCGUUGGACGACACAGGAGUGGCAGUGAUAUUCGACGAAGACGAUAACAUGGAGACCACGGAAGUGGUGGACAACGCAGAAGAGCAGGAAGAAAGUGAGUUAGACCCACAGCUGGGCAUAAGGUACGUGGGAGGAAGCGAGGAGUCAGCAAGUCUGGAAAAGGAAGACGAGUUGAACAUAAAUAAGAUAGACGCAUACUGGCUGCAGAGAGAGUUGAAUCUGAUAUACAACGACUACAACGUAGCACAGGCAACAGAAAAGGAAGUGCUGAGCAUCCUGAACAUAGAGGACGUGCAGGAGUGCGAAAAUAAGCUGGUGCUGCUGCUGAAGUACGAAAACUUCGACUUCGUAAAGCUGUUGAUGAGAAAUAGAUAUAAAAUCAUAUACUGCACGAGGCUGGGGCAAGCACAGUCGCAGGAGGAGAAGAAUAAGAUAUUCGACGAAAUGGCAAAAACGACACAAGGACAGCUGGUGAUGCAGGAGCUGUCGCUGAUAAACUUGAAGAAGACGAAGCAGCAGCAGCUGGCACAUAACCUGGAAAAGGAGCUGCUGACGCUUAAAACAGGCCACAGGAGUAAGGAAGGGGAAGCGAAGGAGAAGGAAGAUGAGUUGGAGAAGGCAGAAGAAAUGGUGGUGACUAGAGAGGAGCCUGUGAUGCCAGUGGAGUCGACAGUGAGUCUGCAGGUGGUGGACCUGGAAAACAUAGCAAUCAAGGAAGGAGCACAGCACAUGACGAACAUGAAGGUGGUGCUGCCAGAAGGGACGGAGAGAGUGGAGCACAAGAGUUACGACGAGGUGAUCAUACACCCAGUGCAGCACAUGCCGAAGAGUAACAGAAAAAAGGUGGAAAAGAUGCCAAAGUGGGCACAAAUGGCGUUCAGAAACAUAGAAAGCCUGAACCCAGUGCAGUCGACAGUGUACGAAACGGCGCUCAACAGCUCGGAAAACAUGCUCAUCUGCGCACCGACAGGCUCAGGAAAAACAAACGUGGCAAUACUGACGAUACUUAACGUAAUCAGAAAGCACCUGACGCCGAAAAGAAGAGAGGCUAGAGGCCAGAGAGGCUCGGAAGGGAGUUCGGACGGCUUGGAUGAGUUGGAGCUGGAGGACUGCAACUUCGACAAGGAGUUCACAGUGAUAUACAUCUCGCCAAUGAAGUCGCUGGUGCUGGAGCAGACGCAGUCGUUCAGCCUGCGCUUCAAGGAGUACGGAAUCAGCGUGCACGAGCUGACGGGAGAAAUGAGCAUGUCGAGGACGCAGAUACAAAACACGCAGAUCAUAGUGACGACGCCGGAAAAGUGGGACGUGGUGACGAGAAAGGAAGGGAUGCUGGAAAGAGUGGAGCUGGUAAUCAUCGACGAAGUGCACCUGCUGCACGACAAGAGAGGAAGCGUGAUAGAGGCGCUGGUGGCGAGAACGCUGACGAACGACAAGGUGACGGGACUGAAGACGAGAAUGGUAGGUCUGAGCGCAACGCUGCCGAACUACGAGGAUAUCGCAAAGUUCCUGAAAGCAGAAAAGGGACUCUACUACUUCGGAAACCACUACAGACCGGUCCCGCUGGAGCAGCACUACAUAGGAAUAAAGGAGAAGAAGGCGCUGAAGCAGUACAACAUAACAAAUGAGCUGACGUACGAGCACGUGCUGAAGGGAGUGGCGGAGAAGCAGGUGCUGGUAUUCGUGCACUCGAGAAAGGAGACGUACAGAACGAGUAAGAUGAUACUGGAAAAAAUAGUGAGCGAGGACAAGCUGGAGCUGUUCAUAAAGGACGUGGCAUCUAGAGAAAUUUUGACGAGCGAGGCGGAGCACAUCAAAAACGCAAACCUGAAGGAACUGCUGCCCUUCGGAAUAGGAAUACACCACGCAGGCCUGGCGAGGAGCGACAGGAAGCUGGUGGAAGACCUCUUCGCGGAUAAGCACCUGCAGCUGCUGGUGAGCACGGCGACGCUGAGCUGGGGAGUCAACCUGCCAGCAGGAGUGGUUAUCAUCAAGGGCACGCAGAUAUACGUGCCGGAGCAGGGGAGCUGGGACGAGUUGUGCCCACUUAGCGUGCAGCAGAUGAUGGGAAGAGCAGGGCGCCCGCAGUACGACACGUUCGGAAGAGGAGUCAUCAUAACCUCGCACGAAAAGCUGCAGUACUACCUCUCGCUGAACAACCAGCAGCUGCCAAUAGAGUCGCAGCUGGUGGCGAAGCUGCCGGAGGUGCUAAACGCAGAAGUGGUGCUGAGAAACGUGACGAACCUGCAGCAGGCACUGAAGUGGAUCAAGUCGACGUACCUGUACGUGCGAAUACAGAAAAACCCGCACCUGUACGGGUUUAACGCGAGUUCCGCGACGAACGAGGAGGGCGAGGAGGAAGAAGGGGCGUACAAAAUAGAAGAGGAGGAGCUGGACAACUACCUGCUGGUCCUGAUCAACAGCAGCUUCGUGUUCCUGGAAAAAAACGGACUGGUUAAGUACGAAAGGAAAAGCGGAAUGGUGACGAGCACAGGUCUGGGAGUGAUAGCCAGUAACUAUUACCUGAGGCCGGAGUCGAUCAAGAUCUACAGCGAAAGUCUGAGGCCGAACCUGACGGACUCAGACCUGCUGAACAUCUUCAGCUGCUCAAUCGAGUUCAAGUACAUUCCGACGAGAGAGGAGGAGAUCAUAGAGCUGCAGCAGCUGCAGCAGCAGAUACCGAUACCGUGCCCAAACGCGAACCUGACGGCAACGAGCGUGACGAACAGAGUGGCAGGAGUGGGAGGCAACAACAAGAUCAGCAUCCUGCUGCAGGCGUACAUAAGCAGAAUGGACCUGGAGGGAUACGCGCUGGUGAGCGAGAUGGGCUACAUAACGCAGAACGCGCCGAGAAUACUGACGGCGCUCUUCGUCAUCAGCAUCAAGAGAGGCUGGAGCAGCCUGAGCAUCAAGCUGUUCAACUUCUGCAAAAUGGUCGAAAGCCAAAUGUGGCAGCUGAUGCUGCCGCUGAGGCACUUCAAGACGAUCCCGAACGAAGUGCUGACGAGGCUGGAAAAAAAAGAUAUCGCAUGGACACGCUACUACGACCUGAACAGCGUGGAGCUGGGAGAGCUGUGCAGAAACCAGAAGCUGGGAAAGUCGCUGCACAAGUUCGUGCACCUCGUGCCGAAAGUUAACCUGCAGGCGUACGUGCAGCCGCUGACGAGCGCAAGAAUCAGCGUGCACCUGGUGGUGAAGAGAGACUUCAACUGGGACGCGAAGCACCACGGCAACUACCAAAAGUUCCUGCUGAUCGUCGAGGACCCGUCGGAGGACAAGAUACUCUACACGCAAUCGAUACUGCUGUACCCGCCGACGACGAACGCGACGGUGACGAGCUCAGAUCUGGACGGAGGAGAGAGCGACCCCAAGGCGGGGACUGCGGAGGAGCAGGAAAGCGCGGACGACACGAACAUAUACCUGACGCUGCCAAUAACGGAGCCGCGAGUGUACUGCUACUUCAUCAGAGUCAUCAACGACAAGUGGAUGGGAAGCGAGACGAACGUGCCAAUCGUCUUCAACAAGCUGAUACUGCCGAGCAAGCAGGACAAGGUGACGACGCUGCUGGACCUGCAGCCGAUCCCGGCGACGACGCUGCUGAAGGCGAGUGCGACGGGAGCUGGCGCGGGAGGCGCGGAGGAGGCGGCGGAGAAGGAGAGCCUGCUGAAGUGCUACAUACGGGCCAUGGGCCACAAGCACUUCAACAACAUACAGACACAGGUCUUCAGCAGCCUCUACGGGAGCGAUGAGAACGUGCUGCUCGCGGCGCCCUACGGAUCAGGAAGGUUCACGUGCGCAGAGCUGGCGAUACUGAGAACGCUGGUGCAACUGAGAGAGAAGGCGACAGUGGUGGUGGCGGUGCCGUUUGAAAACCUGCUGAGAAAGAGGCUCAAGAGGCUGAAGGCGCGCUUCGGAGAAGUGUGCACAGUGAGGGAGCUCACGGGCGACUUUAAGCAGGACCUGCAGCUGGUGCUGGGAAGCACAAUCGUGGCGACGACGGCAAAAAACUACAACCACCUGCUUAACAGGUACAAAAAUAAGCUGAUACAGAACGUUAACCUGCUGGUCUUCGAAGGAGUGGAGUUCAUCACGGACGAGCUCUACGGGAUGAACAUAGAGCUGCUGUUGACGCAGCUGAGGUACUACACGACCCUGUACACGAACGUCACGCUGUCUAACGGAACGGAGGGGAGCGCAAAGACCCCUACCAGGAGCAGGCUGGUUGUGCUGAGCAGCAGCCUCUACAACAGCCAGGACGUGUGCAACUGGCUGGGCAUAACGACGCACUUCAACUUCAACAACUUCGUGAGGCAGGUGCCAAUAACAGUUAACCUGUACACGUUCGACCAGAUAGACCCGGUGACGAGGCAGAACGCGAUGAUCACGACGAUAAACAAGCUGCUGAAAAAUAAGGAGAAGGCGCUGGUGGUGACGACGAACACGGCGUACGCGAAGCAGCUGGCGCUGAUACUGGACAUACACCUGAGCGACCACGCGAAUCUCCAGGGCGAUGCCCAGCAAACCAAUCACAAGUCGAACCACAGGUUAGAGAGGCUGCAGAGCAAAUAUAAGCUGAUGAAGCAGCUGAGGAGCGUGAUGUACGCCUACGAGGGCUUCGACGAGGAGGAAAUCGAGGCGGUGGAAAGGGCGUUCGCAGAGGAGCCGGCCUACAGAGUGCUGAUAGUGACGAGUCAGGUGCUCUGGAGCCUGAACAUAAAAUGCCCGUACGUGGUGGUGGCCGACGUUAACGCGAGCUACACGAACAGGCCGCUGCCACAGAACUACUACAGCCAGUACGACCUGCAGCACAUCCUGUCGCUAACGAACGCCGCGGCAGGCAGCAGGCACGAGGAGGACCUGGAGUGCGUCUUCCUGCUCGAGAACAACAAGAAGGAGGAAGUGAAGCGGAUGCUCUACGACUCAGUGGUGGUCGAGAGCAACCUGGAGCUCUGCAUCGAGGACGCGCUCAACAACGAGAUCGUGCAGGGGCUCAUCAAGACGCCGCAGGACGCAAUCGACUGGCUCACCUGGACCUUCUACUACCGCAGGCUGACCAAAAACCCCAACUACUACUCGCUGCUCGCGACGACGCCGCAGCACCUCUCCGAGCACCUGUCGGAGCUGAUCGAGAACGCGGUCUACAACCUGCAGAACAUGGGCCUGAUCGCGGCGAGCGCCGACGGGCGCGACGAGGAGAUCGAGGAGAUCGUGCCGGUGAACCUGGGCUACAUCGCGUCCUUCUACAGCAUACGGAGCGCGACUGUGGAGCUGUUCGCGAAGAACGUGAGGGAGGGCAUCGGCCGGGACCAGAUGCUGCAGAUUCUGGCGAACGCGCAGGAGCUGUCGGCGCUGCAGAGGAGGCCGAACGAGAGAAUUUACAAGCAGUAUCUGAGCGGCCUGUCGCUCCAGCAGAAGAUCCUUCUGCUGAUCAAGUGCCACAUGGAUAGAAGCAUGUUGUCGAGCGAGCUGUUUGUGGACCUGCACUUCAUCCUCAAGAACAUGGCAAACCUGUUGUACGCGCUCGUGGACGUGAUAAGCAGCCAGGGGUACCUGAAGCCGGCACUGCUGGCAAUGGAGCUGAUGCAGAGAAUAGUGCAGGCGCUGACAUUCACAGACUCGCCGCUGCUACAGCUUCCGCACGCGGACAGGGAGUUCGUGGCGAGAGCGAAAGGGAUGAAAGUGAAUGAUAUCUUUGACGUGAUAGGGAUGGAGGAUGAUGACAGGAAUAAGUUGUUGGAAGGAUUUGAUAAAAAGCAAGUGAUCGACAUAGCAAACUUCUGUAACUCGGUGCAAAUAUUGGAUAUAAACUACAAGUUCAACGAAAAAAACGUAAAGCAGGGUCAGACGGUGACGCUGCUGAUCAAUAUAGCAAAAGAAGGGGAUAAUGAUGUGAUCAAUGCGCCGUAUUUCCCAGUGGAGAAGAGGGAACAGUGGUGGAUAGUGGUGGGAGACGUAAGCGAAAACAAGCUGCACGGGAUCAAGAGGACGUCGCUGAACGAAAACAACAACAUUAAGUUGGAUUUUGAAGCGCCACAGAAAAAAGGAAAACACACGCUGACGCUGUACGUUAUCAGCGACUCAUACGUGUCAACAGACUAUCAGUUUAAUUUGGAAUUAAACGUGUCAUAA